AUGGCGCACUCAGUUUCUGGAUCUAAAACUUCUAUCUCUACCGACCAGGCACCUGCAAAGAGUGACAACCAAGAGUCAAAGCUUACUCACCUCGAGAGGGAAGAGAUCGCUUUUACCGACAAAUACAGUUCGCCCGAUGCUUAUAUCAAUGGCGAACAUGACACCUGCUGGUUUCAUUGGCAAGGGAGUCUAGAUCUGAAGCCUCUGCGCUUUGAGACCCGAACCGGUACUAUUGUUGCUGUGUUGCGCAGCUCCGAAGACACUUGGCUGGGGAAGCACAGACACCGUGGCCCUGUCACUGCUGUCACGCUCAAGGGUGAAAUGAAUUACAAGGAAUACGACUGGGUUGCAAGACCUGGCGACUACGUGGUAGAGAACCCCGGAACUAUCCAUACUCUACAUAUGUGCAAUGAUACAGAGGUGCUCGUUACCGCCACAGGCAGUCUUGAGUUCCUCAACGAUGAUGACACCUUGAAGAAAACUUUAGACAUUUUCAGCUUCGCUCAAAUGUAUUACGAGCACUGUAAGAAGCAGGGAAUUCAGCCUAAUGACAAGCUGUGGUAUUAG